UUCAUCUCCCAUUGAUUCACAAUUUUACAGGGUGGAAAAAAAAAAAAAAUCCUCCAAAAUCACCGACGUAUGCGUAUGCACGCACGCAUAAAUCUGUGUCUCUUUUGGAGAAAUUAGUUUAUAGUUAAAAAAUGGCGAGUGGAAGAGUAGAUCUGGACGGAAAUCCCAUAAAGCCUAUUACUAUUUGCAUGAUUGGUGCCGGCGGCUUCAUCGGCUCGCACCUUUGUGAGAAGCUCAUGAACGAGACGCCACACAGGGUGCUUGCUGUUGACGUGUAUAAUGAUAAGAUCAAGCAAUUGCUGGAGCCUUCUGGCUCGGGUGAGCUCUCUUGGGCCGAUCGCAUCCAGUUCCACCGACUCAAUAUCAAGAACGAUUCUCGCCUCGAAGGUCUAAUCAAGAUGGCAGAUCUUACAAUAAAUCUUGCGGCGAUCUGCACUCCAGCGGAUUAUAACACACGUCCUCUGGAUACAAUCUACAGCAAUUUCAUUGAUGCUCUCCCAGUGGUGAAGUACUGUUCGGAAAAUAGCAAGCGUCUUAUACACUUCUCCACUUGCGAAGUGUAUGGGAAAACAAUUGGUUGCUUCUUGCCGAAAGAUAGUCCAUUGCGCCAGGAUCCUGCAUAUUAUGUACUUAAGGAAGAUGACUCUCCUUGCAUUUUUGGUCCAAUUGAGAAGCAGAGAUGGUCAUACGCAUGUGCAAAGCAAUUGAUUGAAAGACUGAUUUAUGCUGAGGGUGCUGAGAAUGGUCUUGAGUUUACCAUAGUAAGGCCUUUCAACUGGAUUGGUCCCAGAAUGGAUUUCAUACCCGGAAUUGAUGGUCCCAGUGAAGGCGUUCCAAGAGUUCUUGCCUGCUUUAGCAAUAAUCUCCUACGCCGCGAACCACUCAAGCUUGUAGAUGGUGGCCAAUCACAGAGAACCUUUAUCUAUAUAAAGGAUGCUAUUGAAGCUGUUCUAUUGAUGAUUGAAAAUCCAGCCAGGGCUAAUUGUCAAAUAUUCAACGUGGGAAACCCUAACAAUGAAGUUACAGUGAGGCAGCUUGCUGAAAUGAUGACACAGGUUUACUCAAAGGUUAGUGGAGAAUCAUCAAUAGAAACGCCUACAGUCGAUGUUAGCUCCAAAGAGUUUUACGGUGAAGGAUAUGAUGAUAGUGACAAGAGAAUCCCAGACAUGACUAUAAUCAACAGACAACUUGGAUGGAAUCCAAAGACAUCUCUUUGGGACUUGCUCGAGUCGACUCUUACUUACCAACACAGAACAUAUGCGGAGGCUAUCAAGAAGGCUAUUUCAAAGCCCGUUGCAAGUUAGCAAAAAAUAAAAAAAUGAAAAAUGCUUCGUUUUCUUAGUAUGAUGUGCAAUUGGUGCGCCUUUAAAUUCUGUAUUGUAUGGUUCCUUCUUGUAUACGCGGUAUCACUUUUUGUCUUUUAUCACUACUAGUUCACAGCUUGCGGUUGUGGGGGAUCUUGUGUCUAAUAUAUUUCACUGAGCGGUACUCCAUUUGGGGUUACUUUGUUGUAUUUUACAAGGAAAGACAGCCUAGAUAAAUAGAGUUUGUUGAAAGAUCAUCAAAACGAUAGAUAAAUAUACAAAACUGUGAGCUAAAAGAACUGAAAAGAAUGUUGUAUUCUUUAGCCACCCAUUAUAAUGAUGCCCUCGUUUAAAUUUCA